UCUCUUUGUUUUUUUUUUUUUUGUUUUGUUUUUUUUUUUUUUUUUUUUGUUUUUUUGUUUUCCCCCCUUCUUUUAUUUCUUCUCUGCACCCACAAUGUCUUCCAGCAGGACUGCUCCGUUCGUCCUCGUCGUGGUCAUUGCCGCUGCCGCUCUUUCUGCCGCUCUCACUGCUGCGGACGCCCACGCAUCGGUUGGCUCUGGGCUCCACCGCCGCGCCAUGCCGCCGAGCUCAUCAGCAGCAGCAGGCAACCCGAGCCCGAGCACGCUCUAUUGCGGCGUCUGCGAGGCUGGCAUUGACGCUAUUGAAACCAACAAGACCGACACCGAAAUCAUGGACGAUCUGCGCAAGGUCUGCACAAGCGUCUUGCCAAAGGCGCUCGCGACCGACUGCGUGAAGGGCAUUGACGACAUGGCAAAGCUCGUCGGCUCGCAGGACCAGGGCAUCCUCGUCAAGUACUCGACAUUUGCACUUUGCUCCAUCAUGGGUGCGUGUGCGUUCGACUGCUGCAGCACGCCGUUCACUCCAGAGCAAAUCCACAUUGCCGUCGCCGGAAACAACUCGCGUGACAUUUCCGUCCAGUGGGUCACGCUGCAGGAGGUCUCCAACGCCUCCGUCAUCUGGGGCACAAGCACAAACUCGCUCACCAACUUUGCGCCAGCCACCGCCCACCCCAUGCAAAUUUACGGCUGGCGCGGCGUCAUUUACCGCGCCGUCAUGACCAACUUGGCGCCUGCCACGACCUACCACUACCGCGUGGGCUCCUUUACCGACAAGCAAUUCUACCCUCACCCGGCCGGCAGCCAGCCAGACCUCAAGUUCACAACCGAAUCUGUCGAGCCCUAUCCCGUCCGUGUUGCGUGCGUGGGCGACAUUGGCGGCGACGAUCCAUCUGACUUUACCGUCCUCCGCAUUGCCGACGGAAUUAACAGCGGGCUGUUCAAUCUGUCGCUGUUCGACGGAGACUUGAGCUAUGCUGAUGGCGUCGAGUUCAUUGAAGACAUGUACCAGCGCAAGAUUGAGGUUUUGGCCGCCUUCGCCCCGCACAUGACUGCACCUGGCAACCAUGAAGGCUUUACCGACUUUAUCACCUACAAGGCGCGCUACAAUGUUCCGUAUGAAGAGAGCGGGUCGACGGAUCCUCUGUACUACAGCUUCAACUAUGGUGGCAUUCAUUUCAUCAACUACAACACCGAGGGCCCGAUGGGCAUUAGCAUUGGCGAUAUUCAAUCCAACACUCCUCAGUAUCAAUGGCUGUUGAACGACCUGAUUCAAGCCAACAAAAACCGCGACAAGCAGCCCUGGAUUGUCGUGUCGGGUCACCGUGCUCUGUACUGCUCGGCCAACAAGGAAGACUGCCAGACCCUGUCGGAGCUUCUUCGCAAGGAUUUGGAAGACCUGUUCAUGCAGCAAAAGGUCGACAUUGUCAUGCAAGCCCAUUUGCACUACUACGAGUGCUUCUACCCGACGUACAACAGCACCAAGAUGGGCAACGACUUUAACAACCCCAAGGCGCCCGUGUACAUUGUCAACGGCGCUGGCGGCAACAAGGAGCACGUCACUGGCUUCCCGAGCACCUUCCCCGACAUUGUGGCGGCGGCUUAUGGUGUCUACGGCUACGGUGUGCUGACUGCUCACGACGCUUCCAACCUGCAAUGGCAGUUCUACGAAGCUCAGUCCAACUCCAUCCUGCACGACAUUACCAUCACUCGCCCCUAGAGGGUUUGGCCUUUUUUUACUGAUCCCUUGGGCAAGGGGGAGGUGUAGUACGUACUGUAGUGUUUGAUGUUGAAAAUGUGGUUGACUUGAUGGGUUAAAUACACAACAACCAAGCACCAGUCCAUCACUGUGAUCA